AUGGCUCCAAGUUUGCGGGCACUAUCUCGGCAGGAACGUUUCUGCACUGACUCAAUGAAAAAUCUAGUUGAUCAGGUUAGCAAUUACGAUGAGCAAAGUGACAAAAACUUACUGGAAGGUUGGAAACGAAGAGUGGAAGAAAUUUUUGCGCAGUUUCAGUCGGUUCGUUUGCAAAUCGAAUUGGAGGAAGAUGAGAGUAAAUCUAUUGAUACCUCAUACGCGGAUGAAGAAGAAAAUCGCAGGAAACGCGAUGAAUUUGAACGUAACUAUAUGAUGGUGUAUGGGUUCAUUGUUACUGAAAUUCGCAAACAGAACAAUACCGAUUCCGAUGCAAAUAAGGUUAUCAUUUCCAAAACACGUGAUAGCUCUGACCAAAUGUUUUCUCGUAUCAAGUUGCCGGAAGUGAAGCUUCCGUCAUUCGACGGUUCCAUAAACAAUUGGCUCACUUUUCGCGACACUUUCGUGAGCAUGAUAGAUUCGAACUCACAGUUGAAACCUGUAGACAAGUUCACAUACUUACUAUCGUCACUCUCAAAAGAAGCAAAACGAGUGAUCGAGUCAGUAGAAUUGACUGGUGCGAAUUACGCAGUAGCUUGGAAGCUACUAAAUAAACGUUUCGACAACAAAAAACUUGUAGUGAAAAAUUAUAUUGAUUCUCUUCUCUCAAUUGAACCUAUGCGUAGGGAAUGCUAUGAGUCCCUAACACGCAUUAUCGAUGAUUUUGAACGAAAUCUUAGCAUGAUACAGAAGAUGGGAAUACCCACCGAUGGAUGGAGCGUACUUUUAGCACACAUGCUGUGCGCACGCUUAGAAGGAGCCACACUUAAGAUGUGGGAGCAACAUCAUAAAUCUACGGAUGUACCUACUUACGAAGUUCUGAUUGAGUUUUUACGAGGUCACGCAUCAGUACUACAGUCUUUAUCGUCAUCGUACAAAUCUCGUAAUCCCGAAUUCGCUAAAACAGAACCUGUUCGGCCAAUGAAACCAAAAUUAAUUCACGCUGUCACCAGUAACUUAUCGUCCAAAUUAUGCAUAUUCUGCAAGCAAGGUACACAUUCUGCAUUCCACUGCGACGCACUUCGUAAAAUGAACGUUUCUCAACGCUUUGAUGCCGUCAAAAGGAGUUCGCUGUGUAUCAAUUGUCUUUCGCCGAGUCAUCUCGUCAAACAAUGCCCAUCGACCUCUUGUAGAGUCUGUGGACAAAAGCACCACACUAUGCUACAUCAAAAUGCCACAUUUCGCACACCAGAUCCUUCAAACUCGAAACACAUACCACCAGAAAGCAUACUCGAAUCCAACAGACCUCAACCUUCUCGCAAACCUCUAGCUGCCCAGCCUCUCGCCAACCCUUCAGCUCAGCCCUCUAACAUUGACAUACCUUCGACUUCGACCACCACCAGCUGCAUAUCGACCACUCUGAUAGGAAAUAUUCGAACAGUUCCUUCCACCGUAUUACUGCAAACCGCUGUCGUAAAAGUUUCGAAUCUUAACGGAUACGCCGUUUGGGCAAGAGCAUUGCUUGACCCAGCAUCGCAAAUAAAUUUGAUCACGGAGCAAUUAGCACAAAGACUAACACUACGAAGAAACAAAAACCACCAAGAAAUUGGAGGUGUAGGAAAUUCGCAAAUCAUCUCAUCUCACUCUGUCGUCGCACGAAUUCAUUCUUAUUGUUCGAAUUUUAUCGCUGAUUUCUCGCUACAUGUUUUGCCGGGAAUCACCAGAGAACUCCCGAGCAGGACAAUUCAUACAGAAAAAUGGAAACUUCCCAAAAAUAUCGUACUCGCCGACCCUACAUUCAACGAACCUAGUCUAAUCGACAUGAUUUUAGGAAUGGAGGUUUAUUAUGAUCUGAUUGAAGACGGACUUAUACGACUAGGUCCAGAGCAACUGGUUUUGCAAAAAACUGUCCUAGGAUGGGUGGUGUCGGGAAAAGUAGGACCACCACCACCAUCAACAGCACCCAGUUUUACGCACGUUUGUAAUGUGCAAUCCUUCGAUAACCAACUAGCACGUCUUUUCGAGUUGGAAGCUUGCCAAACUAGCAGCACAUUCUCCGUAGAGGAAACGUAUUGUGAAGCACAUUUUUCCAACACAACUACACGUGAUGCUACCGGACGAUUCAUUGUUCGCCUUCCGAAGCGCUCUGAUAAAAUUUCCACGCUUGGUAGCUCAAAGGAAGUUGCCGCUCGUCGCUUUUUCGCUUUAGAGCGUCGCCUAACCUUAAAUUCCUCGUUGAAAAAAUCCUAUUGCGAAUUUAUUGAGGAAUAUCGCCGACUGGGUCACAUGAAAGAAGCAUCAUCAGACAAACCCAAUAGUAAUUUGCCAACAUACUAUUUACCGCACCAUUGCAUAGUUAAACCCGAAAGUCUUACUACGAAAUUGAGGGUCGUCUUCGAUGCCUCCUGUGCUACUGACACCGGAGUGUCACUAAACGAUGUGCUCAUGGUCGGACCUGUCGUGCAAGACGACUUGAUCGCGAUAAUUUUGCGCUUUCAUUGUCGUUCAUCCAUCCGACUGCCAACUCCAACAAAUCUUAUGGCGAGACACGCCCACAGAACCACUAAAGACUUACCAGCUUACAACAGUCACUUACGGGACGUCGAGUGCCCCGUACCUAGCAACUAG